AUGCUCAGAGAUCUGCUGACAGCCCUGCAUGAUUCGUCUCAUGUCGGAAAUUUUCACCCGGGAGACUUCCUGAGUCACGUUUGGAAGCGCGAGUCCUGUGAGGCUGUGUCCGCAGAGCAUGCAGGCCUUGGUGCCUUCCUUCACCCUCCAGCAGCAACACGAAGGCACAGUGUGUGUUUCAAGCAAGACGAGGGGAGCGUGGACACGACGAAGUGCUAUUGUCCAGCAAUGGGGCAUUGCGUGCCAGGUUUUCAGUGUCCACUCGGGGAGCACAUCGACAGAUCGAAGUGCUUCAGCACUGUGACGGUUCGAUAUGGCCCUGACACGGACUACCAAGAAUGCCUUAAAGAAAAGGAAGAGGAGCCCGAAAAGAAGUGCGAACUCAAGAUGCUGCAAGACAUAAAGAUCGGCACCGGCGGGUGGCGAUACUUCGGGGGCGAAGACCAUCCCAUCGUCAAGAAGGUGAAGGGUGUCGCGGAGGCAGCGGGCGUGAAGAAAGGCUACGAGCUCAUCUCCAUCGAUGGUAACCAGGCGGACUGGCGGGAGAAGGGCUUCAAGGAGUACGUGAAGAACUUGAACUGGGACGUCCCGCCGCCGGGGCAGCCCGUUGAGUGCGAGCCCGGCGAUGGCUGCAAGAAGCCCUGCCCUCCGCCUCCGCCGCCCCCGGUGCUCCCGCGUUUCGGCCCCUUCGGGCGCUUUCCUUUCUCCUUUCAGCAGCUGCCGAACGUCGAGGAGGCCCCGGCCAACAAGACGUGCUACCCCAACGGCCACUCCUUGACCUUCAAGGUCACGGCACCCCCGUGGAUGUUCUGGGCGCAGACAAAGACCACCUGUCGUGCCUUCCGGGAGACCUGCUGCGCGGAGGCAUCCACCAGGCGGAAGCCGGAGGACAUCUUCGCGGAGAGCUGCGCGACGAAGGAGAUGUGCAAGCCUCAAGAGACCUGCGACCAGAUGGAGGGCAGACCGGGCAUCUGCAAGUACCAGGUGCUGGAGCUGAACGGCGACUACGACGACAAGCAGGAGAACGAAGACAAGCAGGAGGAGGCCAUGAAGCAGGCCGAGGAGCAGGAGCAGAGUCAGGAGCGCGAGGAAGAGAGGCAGGAGGCCGAGGACGCCGGCGAGGAGCCCGGGCCGGAGGAGCAGUCCCAGUCCGACCUGAGCCAGCAGCAAGGCCAAGGCGAAGGCCACGAUGAGCCAGGCAAGGAGGAAGGGCAGGAGCAAGGAUACGGAGAAGAAGACGGGCAAGGACACCAGCAAGGCAACAGGCAACAUGGGCAGGCAAACGAGGAUCGUUCCGGCGGGGGCAGCUUCCUGUGCCAUGACCUCAGUGCUGUUGCCAUGAAGGCAUCGGAAGCUUCGACUCGCUCUGGCUUUCGGGUGCAGGACGGGCUCUCCGUGCAACAUGUGGGCAAAGCAUCCACGCAGAGACCGAAAAAGGGCUCCGUCCCCAUCCCCCCCACCCCGAAGUUUUUUGUAUGA